AUGGCUUUUUCGUUGAAGAGACGUUCGCGAUCAAAAUCUCAAGCUCUUUUAGUUGAUAAUGAACAAAGUAAAUCAUUGGGUGAAGUUUUGCAUCGUUCAACAAAAACGAAGAAAAAAGAUAAGAAUUCACUGCGUCCGAAGGAAACCCUCGCUCCACCAAACGAUGCAUUUCAGUCGAACGGUCCUUUGAUAGCAGCUGACCAGCCGUUUCUCUACCGAAAUCGGUGUCCUUGUGAAACACAUCAUGAAAAAGAACUCAUUGAACGAAAUUACGAAAUUACCGUAGACAAACUAUUCGAUUUAAUCUUCGGCUCGAACGAAUUCGUUCGAACAUAUCGACAAGCUCAGCGAUUCUAUGAUGAUACCGCCACUGAAUGGACGAAAAAUCCGGCGACAAAUUAUAGAGAACGAAUGUUAAACUAUAAAGUUCCAUAUGAAUCGACGUUCAUUGGCAAAGGCACAAUCUGUACUCGUGAAAGACAAAUACUCUUUCAUGAAGUAUCCGGUUCGCACUAUAUGGUGGAGACUGAAGUAUCUAACGAAGGUGUCAAAUUUAGUGACACAUUUUCAUUAACAAUACGUUUUUGUCUUGUUCAAACAUCGAUAUCGACAACGAAGCUAUGUGUUACUGCACAUAUCGUGUAUAACAAACCGGUAAUGGGAUUUAUAAAACAAAUUAUUGAACGAAAUGCGUACUCUGCAUCACUGGAAGGUUUAAAGGAUCUAAAUAACCGCCUGGAUCUCAUUUCAAAUUUUAAAAUAGAACAACGUCGUCUGAGUCGAAAUGAAACCAUAGUGCCUGUUUCAACGACUGAAAAUGUCCGACGAAUGAGCCUACCAAGCCCUUCAGAUGAUCUACCAGUACCAUUGAUUCUAAAUGACGUUCCAGCCGGAUCGACUACUUCAGAUAAACUCAUAUGCGUCGCUCUCUUUUUGCUUGGAUUUCUGAUCUUGAUGCAUGUUUAUCUGUGUAUAAAGCUCAAGCAUAUGGCUGUGAUUGUUGAUAAUCUAGUUCAUAUAUCAAACUUAUAG